AUGGGAGAACGCCAAUGCCAAAGGAGUAUACUGUCAUGCGGUCGUUGUCGACGGCGCAAAAUCAAGUGUGAUCGAAGGAUCCCAUCUUGUUCCCAAUGUAUCAAGGCUAGGGCCGAAUGUGCUGGCUCUAACCCGCGUGGCGGGGAGGCUCCAGUACCCCGAAGCAUCGUCCAAUUUCUAGAAGACGAAAUUGCAACCCUGGAGACGGAGCUUUCUCAGAUGGGUGGCUUGGAUAUCUUGAAUGCAUCUGACAUCCUGAUACUGGACUUGCACCGAGAUGUCCAUGGCUUUGACGUCAAUAGGCUGGGCCAUAUUGAGGAUGAUCAUAGGGGGACCCCAUCUCUGACUCUGGACCCUAUACACAAGGCGAUCCUGGAAAGUGAGGAUAUUCAAACCAUGAUUGCAGCUGUGUCGCCACUUGAAUCUGAUUUGACGGAUCUUGUCUCACAGGUGCGCAUGGGACUUACACCUUCCUCCAGCAAAGUUUCGACGACUCCGACAGAGAUUCGGAGAAGUGCAAUUAGCCCACGUGCAGAUAGAUCUACUAUUGAUAUAAAAGUCUUGAAAAAUCUUCCGGUCUCUCUUGCCAAAAGCUUGACUGAGAAAUACAUUCAUCAUCUACUGCCACAGUACCCGUUUCUCCAACCAGACACCAUUCGCGAUCAACUGGAGUGUGUUCUUGAAUUCGUUCAUCGUGCCAAUGUGACAUCCCCAGUAAGCUCCACUGGUCUUUGUCGAGCUUCCAGCUAUGAUUGUUUGAUCAUAUACCUGAUCAUGGCAAUAUCAGUGACCCUUGGUAGUGCAAAGGGCGGUCAUCAAGGUCGUUGCUUUGCGUUUUCCAAUGCUUUAUAUGAAGAAGGAAUCCAGCAUUGGCCAAGCAGAUCUUCUAUUCCAUCAGAUUUGGCCGAAGUACAACUCACGUUGUUGAUUCUACUCUUUGCAUCUAUUAAUCCGAGAGCUGGAAACGUGUGGGUUCUUUGCGGCACUGCAAUGAGAUUAUGUUUCCAGUUGGGCCUGCAUAGAGAGGCCGCUGAGAUGAAGUGGAGUUUGGGCCCCGAAACACUUGACCUCCGCCGACGAAUAUUCUGGUCUGCAUACUGCUUAGAUCGAUCAAUAUGUAGUGUUCUCCAUCGGCCCUUGUCGAUUCCAGACGCGGCUAUUGAUGCACCCUUUCCCUCAAUACAAAAAAACCCACAACAAAAUUCGAUACUUGCCGCAAUGUCGGGAGCAUAUAUCCAAUGGUCAAAGCUGCAUCGUCUACAAUCGGAGAUGAUCGAGGUUCAUUUUCAAGGAGGUGCUUUACCAGAAGGAAUGUCAUGGGAUGACUGGUUAGUCUAUAUGGAGGAAAGGGGCCGCACAUUGAAUAAACACUGGCAAACCACAACUAAAGGAGUCGACGAGAUGAAACACUUCUCUUUCUGCCGGUUUCUCUUCACCUUACAUCGGCCAUCACCCCGUGUGCCGUUUCCCUCGGAGAGUAGUCUACUUACAUGUUUUGAAGCGGCAACGCAAUGGGCCCAGAUAGCCAAGGAGCACUUUGAACAUGGCUAUUUUCGUCGACCAUGGUUCGCUACACACCACAAUUUUGAAGCGGCCAUGGUUGUGCUUUUCUCACUUCGGCAUGCUGGUACUGCUAUUCGUCGGAAAUUUGAUACCCAGCAGCUAUUUGAGCGAACGAAAUUGCUCACGUCAAACUUUCUUAUCAUUGCCUCACAGGGCUGGGGAGAGGUAGCAGCCUGUGCAGGAAUAUACGAAAGACUCCUCGGCACCUUACUGGAGUCUGUAUUCUCUCCUGACCACGUACUUCAUUUUAGUCCCACCCAAGACUCAGAACUUAAUCGCUACCUGUACCCUGGACCCGCACAAUCAGAACCGCUACGAUUUGGCAUGGGUCCUGAUCUAAUGAGUCUUCCGGAUGAUUUAUUCGAAUCAUUUACGAACGAGUAUGCUGUGACUGCUACGGGAGACCAUGCCCCUAAUCCUCACGAUAGUACCACUCACUUGGACUGGGAUUUGCUUGAUCAUUGGUUUAUGGAUGAUGGCUUUGCCGAAAUAACCACUCAAUGA